GUUCUCAAAGUGACUUCCCUACGAAUACUUUGAGAAUUUAUAAUGUUUCUAAUAUUUCCAGUGGAAUCGUUCCAAGCGUUACAAGUUUUGUUCCAUCAGCUAUUUCCGCUACUCCUUCAAAACAGGAUGAUCAAAGUUUUUUUACCUGGGUAAUUUUUGGUAGCUUUAUUGGUGGUUUCAUUGGUGGUGCUGCAUUUGCUAUGAUGAUAUGGUUCUUACGUAAACGACUAGUAAAUAAUGCAAGCAAACAAAAUGAGAGCCUAGAAGAUAGUUCAAAUGUUGUUCAUGAAUCUAACCAUAAAGAUAAUGCUUAA